AUGUCGCUAGCUAUCGCAGAUGUUUACACGGUGAGGAAGUUUCACAAAGAGAGUAUGAAGAAACCGGCCAAACCGGCGAUUACCGGCGACGGAGGGGAAAAGAUCGUCGUCGGAGGUAUCCCGGAGGCGGUGAAUUCUCCGGUGAAACAGAGUGGAAGUAAAAGAUUUGGACGGUGGUUCGUUAGAAAGCCGGGAAUGAAGAAAAGCUCUGCUAAAGUUUCGGAUCCCAUGACGAUUGAAUAA